CCUGUGCCGAUCUAGCUUCCCGCCGUUGUGCGGAGACGGGGCCUGGCUCUUCGGAGCCAAUGGCUAUAAAUCCAGGUUCCCUUCGGGGUGGGAUUAUGGGUCUUGGUCUCAAUUCAAUUGAAUCUUCUGAUUUGCUUGUUGCUCUUGCUUCUGUGCUUUCUUUGAAAAUGGCAAUUGUGGUGCAGUUCGGUGAUGACGAUGUGGCUGCUGGAGUUGCCCGUGGAGAGUUAUCUCUAAUUGGGCGUUUGUUUGGCUCUCCCCCACCGUUGUAUGCCCUGAAGUCGAUGCUGGGCAGGGUGUGGCACUUCAUUGGUGGCCUUACCAUUUCCAGUGUGGAGGAGGGUUUGACGCACUUCCUGUUUUCCCAACAGGCAGAUCUUCGCAAGGCGGUCAACAAAUCCCCUUGGAUUUUUGAUAACUUUAUGAUUGUGUUGGCUAGAUGGGCGAAUCCCUCUCCGGAUGUCGCUGAUCAACUACGCCGAGCUCCGAUGGCGGUUCACAUCUGGCAGGUUCCGUUUGACUGCUUCACUGAGAAGAUGGCUAUGCGCCUGGGCUCUUCUUUGGGUACGCUCAUCGCACCUCCUUCUCUCCAUCGCUCCGACGUCUCGGGGGGACUGUAUAUCCGGGCGGAACCAGUGCUUGAUCUCACUGCCCCUCUUCCGGUCGAGAUAACGGCGGGGCACGUUGAUUCGCUCAAAGGUAACUUUGUUGCCAAGGUUAAAUUUGAGAGGGUGAUUCACUUUUGUUUCCUUUGUGGUGUGAUUGGCCACAUAGGGGAAGGGUGUCCGCAGAAGGAGGAGUUUGCAGGGAAGCCACCAAGGUAUGGGUUUUUCUCGGUGGAGACUGAAUCGGGUCCCCCUAUCUCGGAAGCUACUCUGUCGAAUCGGCGUCGGCGAUUCACUUGGAUACGUGCAGCCGCGAAGCGCCCCGCAAAGCCUAGAUCUGGUGGCAGCUUUAAGGAACCCGCUCCUUGCCUGGAUCCUACCCGGCUGCUGACUGCCCAGGAAGUUGGUGCCGGCAAUGUGUGGCAGGACACUCGGAGACCUCGGUCGACGGCCAUGGGAGAUAGGCUCCAAGGGCUUUCGCUUCAUUCGGCCAUGGAGGAUGAAAGUGACCCGGCUUCAAUGUCUCCAACUGCUAAGCGUUCCCGAUCCAGCCAGGUGGUGGCGACGAACUCUGAAGACAAUGGUAAGGUGGCGGUUUCCAGCCUCAACUAGGCCCAGCUUGAUCCAUGAGUUUCAUGGUGUGGAAUUGUCGAGGGAUGGGCUCCCCCUUGACCGUUCCCGCGCUGGGUGGAGCUGUAUCGAGAUUCUUGCCUAGUCUGGUUUUUCUUAGUGAAACCAAGCAUGAGGAUGAGUAUGUCAAAGCUAAAUUUGCUAGGCUUGGGUUCAAGUCAGUUGUUUGUUUUAGUGCUUCUCAAGGCAGUGGUGGGUUAGCAGUAGCUUGGGGGGAUCAUGUGUCUUGUUCAGUUCACAAGUUUUCUUCUUUUCUUUGUGUUUGUGGAGUGUCUUGUUCCACCAGUAGGUCGCUUUGUCAUUUUCUUUGUACACCUCUCGUGUGAUGGUUCUUCUAGGCUUUCUCAGCUUAAUGAAAUCGCUUCUUUGGU